AUGGAUAGAAAGUCCAGAACUAAUAACAACGUUGCUCAAGCCAGCUCCCGCAAGGGCUGCAUGAGAGGCAAAGGCGGACCAGACAACGCUGCUUGCACUUUCAAAGGCGUCCGCCAGCGUACUUGGGGCAAAUGGGUCGCUGAAAUUCGCGAACCCAACCGUGGUGCUCGUCUCUGGCUUGGCACCUUCGACACUGCCCAUGAAGCCGCUCUUGCUUACGAUGCUGCUGCUCGUAAACUCUACGGCUCCGAAGCUAAGCUUAAUCUCCCCCAAACUACUACUACUUCUCAUGAAUUACCUCAAUUGGAACAUGGCGGCCAAUCUCCUUCUAAUAAUAAUAUUAUUGCUUCUCCCUCUCCAACCGGUACGACAACAACGGUGUCCUCAUCUCCGAUUGAGCGGAUUGGCGGGCUGUGGGAAAAUGAGAACGUGAAUUUUGAUGAGUCAAUAUGGAGAGAGGCUGUGAUGUCUUUAGAUUUUCCUAUUAUCGAAAAUGAUCAAGGGAUUUUCUUCGACGGGGCUGGAAGUUGGGACGCUUUGCAGUGGUGCAUGUGA